UUAAAAACCCCGGUAUUCUCUCGUUGCUUAAAUCCCAAUAAUCCAACCUUCUUCUUACUAUAAUUAUUUAUUAUACUAAAAACAAUAUCUUUAAUUAUAUCAUAUUAAUCGUGAAGCCCUAAGCUUGCAAAAUCCUACAUUACGCGCUUUUUACCUGCCCUCUCUCUUUCUCUCUCUCUCUCUGGUCUCGCCUGUUUUUUCGCUUAAAUAUCCAAACAAAUCCUAAAACACAUCGCGUAAAUACAAGAAAAGAAAAUUUCACAGUUUGAAGAGGAGAAAACGAAAUUAGGGAUUGCAAAUGAGUGAUCACGUGGUGUUGGACGUUGACCAACUCAUAAGGCCAGCGUCGACGGCGCCUGCUGAGGAGUCUGAUAAGGCGAUCGUCAAAGAGGCCGAUGUCGGCCCUUCCUGCUCGAGGGCAAAUGAUGGAAUCGAUGAUGGUAUUUCGGGGGAGGAGGAGCCGUUGAUUCAGGGGGCCGAGUGUCGCAUUUGCCAGGAGGAGGAUUCUGUUAGCAAUUUAGAGAAUCCUUGUGCCUGCAGUGGCAGCCUCAAGUAUGCUCAUAGGAAGUGCGUCCAGCAUUGGUGCAAUGAGAAAGGUGAUAUCACUUGUGAAAUAUGCCAUCAGCCUUACCAACCAGGUUACACUGCUCCUCCUCGUCCACCUCAUUCUGAAGAUACUGGUAUUGAUAUUGGUGGAGGCUGGACAAUCUCUGGCACUCAACUGGAUUUGCGUGAUCCUCGCCUAUUGGCAAUUGCAGAGGCUGAGCGUCAUUUUCUAGAAGCUGAGUAUGAUGACUAUGCUGCUUCAAAUGCUAGCGGAGCCGCUUUUUGCCGCUCAGUUGCUCUUAUUUUGAUGGCCCUCCUGCUCUUGCGUCAUGCAUUGACUGCUACAGAUUCUGAUGGAGAAGAUGAUGUAUCUGCAUUUUUUUCUCUUUUCUUGCUUCGAGCAGCUGGUUUUCUUUUGCCCUGUUACAUCAUGGCUUGGGCCAUCAGCAUCUUGCAGCGUCGUAGGCAAAGACAGGAGGCAGCAGCAUUAGCAGCAACACAAGUAGCUUUUGUGCUACAAUCAGGGCAACAGAGGGGUCUGCAGUUUACCAUAGCACCGGGACCUACUGUAACACCUCACCAGGAACCUGUUUAAUAUACCACUAAAUAAAUGAUCUGUAAAAGUAAUGGAAGGAUGAAAGAGACUGCCGUGAAUAAUUUUAUCCUGAAAAAUGUCCAACGGCCUGUUUAUAAGGCCAAAAUGCUGUCAAUCGGUACCCUAUCCUGUUUAAAAUGUGUAAAUACAUUACAUCGUGGCGAACACAGAAAGAAGAAUUAUAAAAUCUGCUGGCAAACAUGAGCGUCUGUCUCCUCCAGUAUUUUGUACUUUGUUUAAACUUAUUAUGUUUCAAGGCUAAUUUUCAAUCUUUUCCUUCUAA